AUCAGUUAUCUCCACAUCAGAAAACCCCAACCCUCUUUCCCCCCCGAUUUAUUUCUUGAAAAGCCAUUAAAUGAGGAGAGGAAGAGAGAAGAAAGUAGGAAGAGGAGGACGGGGGGGGGGAGGAGAAGAAGAGGAGGAUUGGGAUCCAUGUUAGAGAGGAUUAGCCCUGCCUGAGCCAUCUGUAGUCCUGCGCUGAUUUAAACCUACACGUUACAUGACAGACUAAUGACUGGCUCCGGUUAUAACCUCAGUGCCAUAAACAACAGCAGCGUGUCUGAGGUGAAACCUGCUGCUCUCUCUACCUCUGUUAAUCACAUUCUAAUCAGCUGUCAACCAACAGUCGCCAUUAAACCUCGGAAACAACAGGUGUCAGCUGUCAACUCAUUAAGCGAAGAAAUGGGAUUAGGUCUACUUCGGCAUAUUUGGUGGCUAAUGAUUUAAUUAAAUAUAAUAUGAUGCUGUUAAUUUCCUUUUACAUUUAGUCAUGCGACAGAAACCUAAAAAUGAAGCUUCUUGCGAAAAUCUGGAAUCUAUUCUAUUCCGUCAGCUGCAACGCGUCAUACGUGCGUGUGACGUAAUCGCGCCGCACAGCACCGCACGCCCCGCCCACCUGCCAGCGUCCGUCUCCAUUGGCAACCAAUGCAAUUUUGUAUCAUCAAGGAUGGAUUCAAAGCAUUCCCUCACAGAGAGGGAAAUGGCACAGAUAGCGAGACACCAGAGAGAGGCCGGCGUGCAGAGGCUCAGCUGUCACUUCUCAUGGCCUGAGUUCUGUGACGAACGCCGGUGCUUCCAUCAGGAGUUUGUGUACGAUGUCGCUAUGUUUGCCGCCACCUGUGGCUUCUCCUGGUUUAACGUGAUCCGGGCAGCUGUGAUCGCCAAAGACAUCUUCCCACAGCUGGACGCAGGUCUCGAUGUACCCAAACUUUUGUCCUUGCUGAGAGAUGCGCUAUCUGAGUGUUUGUCAAACCUCACCCCUGUCCACCGGUGUGAGUUCACCCAGUUUCUCACCGACACCUGCAUCACCCGGCGGAGGCUUCUCCAGGCGGCGGUGGGUGGCGCAGCUAACAUGACCAUCACUCAGCUACACUUGGAGGUGCAGUUGCCGCCCACACCUUGUCCUCUAGAACAGUGUACUGUACAUGCGCUGCAGGGCACAGAUCUGCAUGAGUGGGAGCAUCAGCGCCAACAAGCCGAGCUAACGUCUAGGCUGCGACAGAUGGAGGAGAGGCUGCGGAGUCUCCGAGAAGGGUCAAGGGUCACUCUGGAGGACGUUGAUGUUCCUGAUGAUAGUCAACUAGAUGAAGCGGGUGUUUUGGCGUUGGUUCGUGCAGCAGUGAAGGCCACAGAAGGCCAGAUGCUGGCGAGUCUGAACCAAGAGGCCUCCCUGCUCAGUGACAUCCUGCAGCUCAAACUGCAGCGGGCAGCAUUGGCCACCAGAAGGCUCCACAACCCUGCUUACCUUCAGACGCACCCAGAAAGGCAAAGCUGCACACAGCCAAAACAGGACUGAGGGAUUUUGGGAAUGCAGAGUGGGGACAUGGCCUCAGUGAGUAAAGCUAAUUGGAGGAAAACACUGAAAAUCUCAAGUUAUUUAAUGUCCCAUUUUUUAACUCUGGAUGGAUGCUUACGUUUUUGUCGUACUUCUUGCCAUUUCUGAUCUAAUUCAUUGUCCAGUAUGAGAUUACUGUUCAAUAAAAUGUAUUAUUAUUAUCUAAUUAUCUAUUUGUGGGCUAAUGCACUGAACAUUUAAAAGCAUUCACUAUGUCAAUGUGUUGUCAUAUAAUGCAAUGACAAUAGACUCAUUGUACUAGACUUGUGAUUGGUUACAAAGGAAAGGAACUAGUUUCAUUCAAAUAUUUAUUAAAAGAAAAAAGUUGUCCUUUUGAUUUGACAGAAAAAGCUGCAAAUAAUAGCAUUAUAAAUAACAUCCAUAUUAAAGAAACAAAAACAAGUUGGGCUCUGGCGCCCACUCCCUGUCAUUCUACGCAUUUCAUUCACAGAUGUAAGACAUUAAAGUAGAGCUGCAAAACUAA